CGCCGGUCAAAAGCUACCAGUCCCAAAUUUUCGCGCGCGCCGCGUUCGUAAUUAGACAGACGCGUUUUUAUAUUAGCAAACACACAACACAACCGAGUCUGCAACCUAUUGCUUCAACCGUAAUCUAACCUUCCCCCCACAUGAGCAUCCGAUUAUGAAAGAGGUAGAUGAUGAAAAUAACAAUGUGGCGUCCCAAAUCAAAGCUUCCAUUUACCUAACCGUGUCCAAGCUUAUCGAUGAAGAGUUAAAAGCCACUGACCCGGCAUUGACAUCCACCCCGAGAUUCAUUGCGUCGCUAGUUGAAUUAGUAUAUCUACAAGCUAUCACGCUUGGAGAGGACUUGGAAUCCUUUGCCCAACACGGCGGGCGGAAGAUCAUUAACCCAUCGGAUCUAUACAUGGUCACGAGAAGAAACGACGCAUUAACUGACUUUUUGCGCCAGUGUGAAUCGGAGAUGACCAAAGAAUAGCCCUACUGCUCGUAUCUAGUUUAAUGUACAGUUUUAUCUAUUAGCAGCCUAGGCC